UUCAUCAAUGUGGUGAACUGUGACAUUGGCCUGUUGUUAAUAACAUUUUGAAAUUAAAAAUGGAAAUGUGUGGACGGGCUGCUACAGGAAUGAAAAGGAACAAUAACACCGGGCCUUAUCGGGAUGUGCACACUGCAGUAUAUCGAAAUAACAACUCCUGUAGUCUAAAAACAUUGCCUUGCCGUGUCAGGCUUUCCAUUUAAAAAUCGACACAUCUGUUCAAGACCGAGACAGCAGAGUUCGACUGACUGGCUGUUGUUGCUAUGCAGCUGUUGUCAAUGAAACCACGCAGAGAUUUUCCAUUCUUAUUCAUGUCAAGAAGCCCCAAAUACACACCAGACCAUGUACCCCAAUUUGAUCAAAUGUUAUCCCAAAAGACUGCAUCUGAGAUUUGACUUGGAUAACUUCUAUCUGAGCAGGUGUUUGGCAUUGUUAUGAGUGGAAAGUGACACAACAGAAGAAGCAUUUCCUUCAGGAAGAAUAAGUACAAAACCAGUGUUGCGUAUCUUGCUUGGCUUGUUGCUAUAGUGCCUUUUAGGAAAGAAGUCACAAUGCAAUAAUUGUCCUUCACACCGCUGUAAUCAGCAGUUAGCUUCCAGUUCACGAAGCUAACUGCUCCACAGAUACAAUUGCUCUUCCAAUUUAAAAUGUCUCGGAGUAAAGACGAGACCUCAUUGCGGCGAGGACUGUCUGGGCUUGUGUUGCUUCCCAUUAUUCUGAACCACUUUCCUCUGCAGAGUUCAUGCAUGGCUGCAUCUGUGUCUGCAUGCUGUCUGUGGUGAUAAUUCCCCCAAAUUCUGCUGUGGGAUCACAAUAUUUCACAGCAAAGAUUUUCUUUUUUUUUUCUUUUUAUUCCUUCAAUGAAUCCAAGAAUCAGUUUUGAUCUUUUCCUUUAUAUAACAGGAUCAUAAGCAUACUUCAUCAUGACGGUGGAUGAAUAUAGUGAGAAUAGGCAAUAUGAUACCAAAGAUUCCUCACCAGUAAACAUGUAAUCAUACUUUUAUAGAUCCUUGUUGUGAAAUUCUCUUGUCACUUGUCAUCCAGGGAGUUCGGAAGUAGUUUCUAUGAAAGUUUGUGAAGACUGACGUGUAAAGUUUACUAGUGUUUGACAGCUGAAUUUGCAGCUCCUCGUGUUAUUCCCCUUGCCCAGAAUCAUAUUGAUUCUUAUUAUGGUGGGGUGAACUCAAUUAAGUGGCCUCUUAUUCUUAAGCACGGUUGGCUUUGUUGAAAUGUCUCCUUUUAUUUUCCAAUAAUGUUUUUUACACGAAUAUGACUUUAGCACUGUACGCAAGACCUUGAGUCAUCACAGGGUAGAUGCUGUAAACCUAAUGUCUGUUUAAUUUGACAAACUUCUGUUGAAUCAAUACUGAUUAAACAGCUAAAAGCUGUAUGUCACAUCUGGGCUUAUUACAUUUUAAACGUCGGAGUUGGUGUGUGUGUUUUCUACAUUAACUUCUUCCACAUUCCAAAAGAAAAAGUAACGCACCACCAGAAAUGAUUUGGUUGAAACCCCAUAGCCAGUUGUUCUGAUUAGACUAAACCUGAUUUACAGCAGUGACCUUACGGACAACCAUACUGUUGUUCUGUGUAAUAAACUGCUGUGCUGCAGGCGAGAUUGGGCUAUAAACCCAUAAUGCAUUCACACGUAUUGUGCGUAGCUUGCAAAAUAAAGUAAUGCCCAAUUCACAACUCAUUUACCUGUGGAAAAGACAAGCCAGCGGGCCAUCAACAAAAUGAUUGUGCUCUUCUUUAUUACCUUUUGUCUUCCAAGCCAAAUUGUUUCCUACAGCCGCUGUUGCUCCCUUGACACCUGCAACUGUCACCAGUGAAAGCACAUGAGCCUCUUGUGGAGGUAGUUAGUGUGCUGAAUCACUGUUGUCGCCUCCGAAGUGCAGGUGUAGUCUAAUGGUGGGUUUUGGCCCUGCUGUGUAAAGAUAUAUUGCUCAGUGUAAAGUCCUUACAGCUGGCCUCAAGGGAAAGAGAGAGUUUAAAACACACACACACACACACUCCUGCACAUGAAGUGAGCAGCAUCUCACCAGCUUCUUUUCAACACACCUCAAACAUCUUCACCCUUGAUAACGCAGACAUUUUAUGAUUAAUAACUGCUUUACACUGGUCUUAAGUCUCUUUGAUGUUUCUAUUAAGGAUGAGGGUUUUGUCUGAUGGCAUUUCAAUGUCAUAUGCAAUCUAAAAAAAAUCAUUAAUAAAGUUCUAUAUACCUUUUAUUAUUAAAGCUUUUGUACUGGAUAAGGCCAAUUCUCUCUCAUACCUACUGAAAUUAAAAUUGUAAAUUCACACCUAGGUUCUCUUUCCACAGUCGGGUCUCAAACUCGUUCUAUUGAAAGCUUACCGACUGCUUGUACGGCCCCCUCUCUCCCCGAACACUGGGUGACGCUGUUUUACGCACUGCGAUCCAAACCAAAUCGUGUAUGAGGUGAAAGUUUUCCCUCUUUCCACGUUCAGUAAUCUGACACCCAAAAGACUCAGAGCAGAAGGAUGGACCCUUAACUCGGCUGGAAGCACGGAAGGAAGGAACACUCAUCCAACGAGCGCAAACGAGAGGGGCCGAGCGAGAGCGAAACGUUGUGCGCAAAAAAAAAAAACAACCCUGUGGCUGCGGCAGUGGAGGAGAGCUGGGUGCCUGCCUGCGCGUCUCCAAAAUAACUGGGCGUCCGCCUCAAAUGGUCUCAAAGCGACAAGUUUCACUUUCCACAUGCGGAUGGGUGACUUUCCACGGCGCUUUGUGAGGAGGAGAUGAUGAAGAAUUUCAGCAGCAGUCCCCUUCACAGCAACAACCAGACUCCCAACCACGUUAGAGAGCGAAACAACAGAAAGUACAGCUUACUCUCUGCCAUACCGUUGCGAUUUUCCUUGCACGGUUAUGGUUUCUGCAUGGCUACGCUGUUCCUCUUCUGUUUCGGCUCUCUUUUUUACCAGCUGAACGGAGGACCCCCUAAAAUUCUGCUGGACAUCCGACAGUAUCUCGGUGAAUCCACAUAUCUGGAUGACAACAGACCUCCUGCUCCAAGAGUGCUCCCGUUCCCCAGCCAGGUGGUUUAUAACCGUGUGGGGAAGUGCGGCAGCCGGACGGUGGUCAUCUUGCUGAGAUUACUGGCUGAAAAACAUCAGUUCAACCUGGUCUCCUCUGAUAUCCACAAUAAAACACGCCUCACAAAACAUGAGCAGGUGGAUCUCCUGAAGAACAUCAGUAAUAUCUCUCAGCCAUUCCUCUACACACGGCAUGUUCACUUCCUGAACUUUACCAGGUUCAGGAUAGAGCAGCCGGUCUACAUCAACAUAAUCCGGGACCCCAUCAACAGGUUCCUCUCCAACUACUUCUUCCGUCGCUUUGGUGACUGGAGGGGUGAGCAGAACCACCUCAUUCGCACUCCAGGGAUGAAAGACGAUGAGAGAUACUUGGAUAUCAAUGUGUGCAUUCUAGAGAAUUACCCAGAGUGCUCCAACCCCAGAGUUUUCUACAUCAUUCCCUACUUCUGUGGACAGCAUCCUCAAUGCAGGGAGCCUGGAGUAUGGGCUCUGGAGAGGGCCAAACAGAAUGUGCUGGAGAACUACCUCCUUGUGGGUAUCCUGGAGGAGCUGGAGGAUGUUCUGCUUCUGUUGGAGAGGCUCUUACCUCAUUACUUUACUGGAGUACUCAACAUCUACAAGAGCCCUGACUACAAGAAGAUGGGGAACAUGACAGGCACUGUACGUAAACACACACCCACUCUGGAGGCCCUGCAGGUGCUGUACUACCGCAUGCUCUACGAGUAUGAGUUCUACAACUUCAUCCGAGACCAGUUCCACCUCACGAAGAAAAAAAUUGGACUCAAGUCUGUCUCCCAACCCCCAGCCCACUCACCGGCUUUCCUACGAGAGCUGGCCCUGCGAACCCCAGAGCCUCUGGAUGAAGACGAGGAGCUGGACGCAGACCUGGAGGACGCUAACAGCUGGCUGGUCCAUCCCUGAGGGCUGUUUGAUGAACAGUGGAUGAAGCCAAAAAAAAAAAGCUGAUGUGCUUGAAUUGGCUGGAGAUAGCUGGAGGCAGCCUGAGGGCAAAAGGGGAUUGUUCCCCAAUUUUCAGCAUUCCUAAGAAAAGUGAGGUUUGUUUAGGGGUGUGUGGAUCCUGAAGCUCAUGUUUUUUCGGGCUCUGUUGUCCGUCUUCAAUCGACUCCUAUCAUGACAGGCACAGCACUGACGACUAUAGAGUUGAGUAAUCGGGAAGGAGAAAAUGCUUUAUUUAAAAACGUGACCAAGGACAGUGGGAAAUACUGUUUAGCUCAAGUUUUGUUUUAAUUUGAGCUUGUUUUUGGGUUUGUUUUAUGUUAAAUAUAACAAAAUAAAACAUCAUUGCUGUAAUCUCCAGGAGAGAUUAGCGCAAGAUGUGGAUAGUUACAUGUGUUGGGAAAUAUUCUAAAAGGUUGAUCAUUGGGGCGUUUACUGUAGGAGAGGACUUAGCCGAAAGACAGAAGUUCAUACUUUAUGAAAGGGAUAAUGUCGUAAAAGCUGGAAUGGGAAAUGGUAUCCACAAAUAAAAAGUACCAAAACCCUUUUUGUAUAUUAGCUGUCUAUGACUGUUCCAAGUGUCAAACCCCACUAAGAGUUCCAGUAACUGGUGCACAGCUGGUGGAGUUGUGGCAUAAGCAAGUCAGUUGUGAUAGUAUUGGUUUAUAACAUUUGUUAAAAGUAUAUUGUUAGGUAUAAAUGAGGGUUAGAUUGUAAGCACUCAAUUAUGAAUUCAAAGAAUUCCAACUGUGUGUGCAUGAAUGAUUGAGUUUGACCAAACCAGUAGUGUAUUUUAGCAUGGACUUAUUAUUUGAGGCAGGUCAUUUGUUGAGAGUGAAACACGAAAAUAAAUUUAUGGAACGUAGUUUGUUUUAUCCAAAGUUAAAAAAUAUUGAGCUUGCCAAAUACUAGUGUUUCCACUGCAAUGCAUUCCAAAACUUUAUGAAUAUACUGCAUUUUUUUUCUGAGGUGACUUUUCAUGAAAUUCUGAAGCAAAAUUAGGGAUUUGGUCACAAAACUGGAUUCUAAUUUUCAUUCCAAAUAGGAUUAUGUUUCUGUUUGAGGGUGUGUUUUCCCAUUCAAAAUAUUACCAUAAAAGCGUGUGAAGUGUUACCAUUGCCAGCUAACACUAAUUUCUUAUAGCUUAUAUGUCACCUACGUAGUACAUUCUACCAUCCUAAUCUCUAUUGUCUGUACCUUUUCUUUGUCCUGGUUCGUGUUCGGUGUUUCAUUUUUUGCCAGUUUAAUUUAUUAUUUUGUAUUCGUUUGCAUUCCAGAUAAGAUUCUCAGGAAGGAAAAAAAAGAUGUUUAAUAACUUGAUCAUUUGUGUUUUUGGUUUCUGGUGGCUAUUGAAACUAUUCUUGGUAUUUUAAGGUUGUCUCAAAUGGGUUUAUAUCAACAGCUGAAACUUGUUAACAACAACUAAUGCAGUCCAUUAUUUUAAAGUCUUCAGAAUAAAUGUCCUCUAACCAUUGCAGCUAUUGUCUCCGUUUUACUUAUUUUUAUGAGGAAGUUUGUGGUAGCCUCUUCAGCCCAUCAAAAAUGCUGCACUAAAAUCUCCCAUGCUGCUACACACACGUCAGAUUGACAGGCAGCUACUAACGGAGCAGCCUCCAGGCUCCAUGGUCCAUCAUUCUGCUCACAUGUGUAGCUCUCUCUUCCCUGCAGAAGCCUGUCCAUCACUGCACCCAACUUUGACUCAUCUUCCUUCUGGCUUCCCAGUUGUGAAAUAACUUCCCUACUGCACACAGGACAACACGGUCUAUCCUCUGAUAUGAAAACAAAGUAUUACUUUUAUGCUGUUUUAUCCACUUCCACCCGUCUUCCUACUUUAUUUGCGGUUGAUCUUGGUCCUGUAGUUUCAAAAUGUAUACAUAAUGCAAGACUCUGUGGUUUUUGGAUGAUAUGUGUGUUGAUUGUUAGAUCUGUUGCCUUGGUAUAGUUGGCUCCAUCCCUCAAUUCCUUGCUGUUGACAACCUAGGAAUGACACCUUAUCUAAUCGGGCCACUGUCACUUACGCUGACUGAAAGCAACAAGAUGCAUGAUGUGUAAAAUACAUCGCCAACAAAAGUAUUCUAGUAGGCUUGCUAAAAUAAAAAAAGCUAAAUAAUUCUAGGUGCAAUGGUGCAACAGUUUAUUCUUCAAAAUAGAAAUAAUUGGCAUUUGGCCUCACAAGUGAAGAAGUACAGGGUUGGGUGUGAGUGUGUAUGUGUGUAUGUACUGUGUAGUUAUGCCUACGUGCCGGCUACAGCCAAAGCUCUAGCCAUUAGCCAUUAUUUUUUCCGACCGUCCAUCCAUUCCUCCAUCUCUCCAUUCCUCCAUCUCUCCAUUCCGCCAUCCGUCCGUCCCAUGCCCGGGACGG